ACAAGAAAUAAAAAAAUUUAGACAAAAUCAAAUAAGGGUUGGAAAGAAAAUGUAUUCAGUUUAAAGCUUGUCAAACAUACUUGGAAGCCAGAGUGAGGAGGUGAAAACUGAUGUGGUGGAAUAAAACUGAGGUGAAGGUAACAGUAAACAGUAAAAUAUAAUAAAAUAAGAAAAUAGCAGGAGAGUUACAAAUGUUUAUAUAUCAUAAAUAUAUAAAAGGUCACCUUCUUGAAUUUUGCUAGCACUGGAAGUGCAUCAUUAUUCAACCUAGAACAAUCUGUUUGUGGUUUUUUUAUGCCUAUACGUCAUCUGUCAGAUUAAAAAAACAUUUAAUUAAAAUUAAGUGUUACAAUCUGUUUAUACAUCAGAAGCAGAACAUCUUUAAGCAGAGUGUGUGCCUUUCAUUUUAUUGUUAGGAACUAUGAUAAAACACUUAAUGACAGUCAUGACAGUGGGAGUCACGGUGAAUACUUUUCACUGUUUCGGUGAAUUUCAGUCAAACUGUUUCAGUCAUUGCUCAUCAACAUCAUGAGACGCCUGAAAUAUUCCCUUCAGUCAAGACUGAACUUGAAAAGAAAAAGACAACAGACAUUUCAGAUUUUAGUAGGUUUUAAAAGCUUGCCACUUCAGCUAUCAGUUAAAUGACUAAGCGAUGAAACUCUGGAGGAAUAACAUAGUUCUGUCAUUUAUUCAUUAUAUUGUUUAACAAGGACAGUGCACAUUGUCACAUGCAAAUCAGAGCAUGCAAGCAAUAAUUAAAAAGACAGUGAUAUACAAUUCACACUGAUUGUACAAGAUUGUACACUCAGGUCUGUGUGAUGUCAAAUAUCUUGCUGAAUACAUACUACUUAAAUCCACAAGCUCCUAAUCACACAAUGUAAAUAAAAACUGUUUAUUAUAUGCAGUUAAAAUAUCACUCUAAAUAAUAAGCAUUAUAGAGCAGAUUAACCUAAACAUUUGAUCACUUCUUCAUUCCCCACAUGCUUGUGACCACAAAAAACAUGCUUCUUCUUUGUAGCUUGACUGAGAGCUGCUAAAUGGUGCAACCCAUAACACUAUAUUUCUUACAGAUACAUAACUUCCUCACUUCCGCCUGAAUCAUACUGGUGACCACAGUGAUUCUGAAACAUACUGCAGUGAGUAAGGAGAGCGAAAGAAAGGAAGGCUGUAAAAAACUCCAGAUUGCCAAGAAACCGAAAGCAAGAACAUAACAUAUAUAAACUCUACAUGCGCUUCACUGAAGCAUGAAGUUAUCUUGCUCAGAUUGGCAUUCACUGCUCCUCCAAGGUAAGCCUGCCUUAAAAAUAUAGAUAUUUUAGACAUGAAUUUAAUGAUUUUAUAAACAUGUCAUCCUGGAGAACAUCUGAAUUAAAUAAUUAAAUGGACUAACUGGUAACACAGUGCCCAAGUCAGACUUCAAGUGAAGACUUGUCUAACAGCUGCAGUUUGUUUGUAUGCUGGAUGAAGUCAUAUCCAGGAUUCACAGUCAGUUCAAUUUCAGUAAUUUAUGUGCUGUUUAGAACUGAGCAAGUGCUAGCACGGUCAUGCUUUCAUAGAGGAACAUGUCGACUCAUUAAGAAGGCUGCGUUGCACCAAUAAUACAUGAUGCAACCAAAUAAAAAUGUCAAAAUGAAAGGUAGAUUCUGUCACUCAGCCGCUUGCAGCAGACCAGCAUGUAGGCUGCUGUAACCUGUAGUCUGAAGAUUAGGAUUCAGAACAUUCCACGUACAUUUUAAGGUGCAGAGCCAUAAACAACAACACAUGAUUUUAAAAAAAUGCUUCUACAUAGGAACUAUUUAGAGGAAUCAAGACCAAACGCAAUGUAACUGAAUUGCAUAAGAAAGAACAUGUCUGAGGUCUUUCUGUGGUGGGGGUUGAAGGAUAUGGAUUUGCUUCCAGAAAUAUCAAUGAACUUCCUUUCAGAUACUAAGUAUGGAAGGUGACACUUGAGUUCCCCUAAGAAAACUGCCGUGUUUAACUGGAACACUGUAGUCGUUCAUGCUGGAAGUGAUACUGCAGCCCGCCCUUUUCUUUUAACAGUACUGUUUAAACUGACACAUCUCAGACAGUUUAUAUGUGAAAGGCAGCUGAACAAGUCAGCAUGGUGAUAGGGCAGAUUUAAUGUAAGAGCGCAUGUGUUUGUUUCAGAUGACUGUUUGGUGGCGGGCUCUCAUCCUUCUCUCCUUCAUACUGAACUGUGUGGACUCCCAUGCUCUAUCACCAGUCGUCCAGAGGAAUAAAUAUUACAACUCCUUUCGUCUCACAAGAUCCACCAGAAUCCGUGUCCAGCAGCUGCUGAAAAAAUAUAAGGAGCAGCAUUUGGGAAAUAAGCAUUUUGAAGACAGAAGUCGACAGUUAAAGGACCUGCCGUUGCUUUCUACAGAUUUCUAUAGCUGGCUACAGCUGCCGGUCAGUAUCUGCCUGUGUUUCAAAGAAUUGCUUUCUUGUUCAUGUGGCUGUCUCUUGUUGUGCUCUCAGGACUGGGAUCGACUGCACACUGCUUUCUUGAACAUGCAGAUUUACUGGAAUAUGCUGGAGCGGAAAAGAAAACAGCUGGAGAAGGAGAAGACAGAGCAGGUGAUGGCGCGGGUGGUCCGCUCCACUUUACCUCAGAGCAUCAAGCACAUUCAGCUGGACCUGAGGGACCUGAUGAGCCAGGUCAGCAGUCAGAUGAGCUACAUGGAGAGUUCUUGGAUUAAGCCAACCUCUCCAACCUCCAUGAACCCAGAAAGCUCUAAAACAGUAUGGGACAGCCGAGUGGAAGGUUACAUCAUUCUGAGGGACCUAGACUUUUACCUCACCAAGCUGGCGAGGGACUUCCUCCUACUGGCUUCAAAAACACACUUAUGACUCAAUACUGAAAACAGCGCUGGUACCCCAACAACAUACACAUGCACACAAAGAAACAAAAAAGAAAAAACAUGUGGAACUGACAAACAGCACCUAAUAGACAUCUGGAUCUAUAGUUAUGAUAACUUCAAUCAGGGCUUUUAGUGGCACCGUCAACACUUUACAUACAGCACUCAUUUGAGCGAGCCUGCUUUUUGUCAUAUAUUACUAUUUAAGGACUUUUAGGGGUAUUUCCAACAGUUUCUGUCUUACCUCUAGCUGAAAGUUAGCAAUAAGCUCACAAGACAGAAAAUACUUCCCAAUAUCUUGUUUUUCCCCAAGCCCUCAAUCUACUGGACUUUCCACAGAUAUAUUUACUAUUUAUUGAUAUAUUUAUUAAAAUGCUAUUUAUUUUAAAGUGGUCUGUUUGGAUUUCUCUUAUAAUAUGGAGAUACACUUUUGCAUAACACAUUUUAUAUUUGAUAGAUACAUAUUUUUGUGUAUGACUGAAAAUAAAGAAAUGAAGCAUUUGAAACUGGGAUGACUUUGUGUUAUGAUUGUGUAAUCUUUAAAAAAAAUUAUUAUUUUUCUUCUAAUAAUGAUAAUGUACAUGAAUCAACAUGGGCUCUUCCUUUUGUUGAGUAUGUUGCGUUUGC